AUGCCCCUCCCAAACAUCACAGACUCUCAGACAGGAGGACUGCGUCUCUCGGUGAACUUCGACAGUCCCGUAGAUUAUCUCAUCUUUAUUUUUCAGAUUUUAUUCGCCACAGCUGCUGUUCUCAUAGCAGGACCUGUAGUCAUUAGCAUUUUAUCCACAAGAGCGCUUCACCUCCAGAACAGAUUUAUUUUCAUGCUCAACACUAGUAUUUGUGACACGCUGGUUGGGUUUUCAGUGUAUUAUCUCGGACUGUUUGAUGUUCAGGAGGGAUAUCCUUCGAGAAAUGGAACCUAUAAUUUGUUGCCUUCUCUCCUAGGAGUAAACAUCAUGACAUUUCUAUUUGCACAGUUUGACCGGUAUUUUGCAGUUUGCCACCCUUUCAUCUACACGCGCUUUAUAACUCGGCGAGUGGUCAUCUCUGCAAAUGUCUAUUGUUGGUUUCAUGUCUAUUCUCAGUCGAUCAUUUCAAAUUUCCUGCCCCUUUCCAAAGCUAUACAGCUGUAUGUUUUCAGUAUUGUCAUCUUACAGGUCAUUGUGUUCACCAAAGUGGUCAUGACUAUCAAACUGUAUGUUGUUGCCAGAUUCCAGCUGGAAAGAGACCCUCCCAGUGCUGACAAAGAGAACAACAAGGAAUCGUUAAGAAUAAUCAUUUUUGUGGUUAUAAGUUUCUUGGUGCUGUGGUGUCCCUCUUUUGUUAAUAUCGUACUCAGGCUGGUGGUAGGAGGAGGGCUGACGUUUCGGAACGAGGCCACCAAUGUUUUCGCCAUCAUGGCUCGUUUAAACGCUGUGUGCACACCUGCGGUGUACCUAUGGGGGAGUCCGGCUCUGAAAGAGGCCAUGGUGAGGACAGUGUGGAGAAGACUGUGCCCAAGAUGCAAGAGGAGGUAA